UAUACCUAAUUCAAUCCUAGGAAGCCACAGCCAACACGCCCCCUCUAUGUAUCUCUAUGGUAUACAUGGAGGGACGUUUCGGCUGUCGCUCCGUGCAGGGGUUGGCACACCCCUUCCAGCAUACUGCCAGGGCCCCGUACAAGAGAUCACGUGGGUCCCAGCAGUCGGACCCCCCCACAAUCUACAACUUGGAUCCUUUGGAUAGGGGAUAAGUUAUUUUUCACUGCACUACUCACUCACUGCACAACUGCCUGACUCUUUUAUUUUCGAGGAGAUAAGCUGCCCCAUUGAGUAUACAUCUCCCCUCUCCCCAUUGAGUACACAUGAACGCUCAGCUGAGCCGAAUGUUCACGUGUAUGGGGUAGAUGAGGUAUCUACAUAUAAAUCAAGGUGUAUGCUCAGCUAAGUGUGCAUGUUUAUAGUAGAGUCGGGAGAAAUAGCUGUCGGCUGAACAAACAUUCGGCAGACGUCUUACCACCUAAAGGCAGUGCUUCCUCAACAGGCUGUCUUAGGUUUUUACCUCAAGGCUGAAUUCAAGCUGAGCUAAUAGCAGAAAAAGGAGCAAGGAAGCUUGGAAGUACUACUGGGUUGUCUUUACUUGAUACUUUAAUGUUCAUUUUAGUGGUAUAGCAGAUCCAUGUUUUCCUGAGUUUUAUGUUUGACACUGCACUGUUUUGUAUUUAAUAAAGAAGAUUCGUUGGUAUUAACCUGUUGUGCAGGUUCUUUUAGGCCUCUCUGUAGCAGCCAUAGUUCUCUUCACUGCUGCCUCCUUAUUGAAAGUGGGGGAGAAUAUGAUGGAUCUUAACUCUGGUUGGACAUAUCAGAAAUACCCCUCAAGAAAACACAUUGUGCACGCUAUAAGAAGUCAGAAGUAUCACCUUCAAGCCCUGGCAGCAUUCAUUCUAGUCAACAGUUAUCUGCUCUUACAGCUUAGCCGGGUAGCCUCAGUGCACCCGGACAAGACAUUGGGCAAUGACACUGUACAAUUAGAGCGGAACAGAAUAGAAACAAACACUUCAGAAUUUGAGAUUGUGGUUCUGCCUGUGCCAUCCAUCAAGAUCUUACCAUUUGUGGCAUUCUGCGUGAACUUUGCUCUUCCAUUGGUCUUCUAUACAGUUGAAGAAUCAGAACCAGUAUGGCAAAAGCAACGUUUUUGGGGAUUUUACUAUUCUUUUCUUUUGCUGCUCUCAACUUUAAAAUACCUGUCCUCUGCACUCACCUUUUAUGUAGCAUGUCUAAAAGCUUAUACGUCUCCACAAAUCUUCAUUUUUCAAGGUUUUGAAACAUGGAUUCCAAGUAUAUAUGCAGUCUCCACCCUUUCUCUAUUCCUUAAUUCAUUUUUACUAAAAAUCUACAUGGAAAUGAGGUUUCAAACUCCAGCAUCAGGCUCCCCUGGCCCAAAUCUCACCCUCAGAAGAAAGGUCUGUAUUCAGCCUUCUCCGAUAGGGGUAAUUGUAACUACGCUUCUUGUAAUAGGCAGUGACGUCCCCUUUUUAUUGCACCUGGUUCAUUUUGUGCUACUUUACAGAAUGGAUACAUUAGUCAUCUGUCUGUUAGCCUUUAAUUCAGGGUUCUGCAUUUUAGGCUUUAGUGGGUGCUUGAUAUUAGGACUUAGGAAAAGGCGUAGGGUAAAAAAAUGCAGAGGAAAGCAAAAGCAAAUAGACAGUGGGGUUUGCCUAGCUGCCUCAUUUGUUUACCAGUCUGGCCCCGAAAAAGCAAACAAAGGACCUGAGAAAAGCUAAUAAAGCAUUAUUUAUUAAAAUGUAAAGACUUAGUUAUAGUAUAGCUGACGUUACAAGCAGAGUACAUAGUACAUAGCUCAGACACAAGAAAAUGUCAUGGAUUCCCUUCAUGCGCUAUUGGAAUGUUUGCAUGUUAAUAGGAGGUGGGAGGUAUGUAUUGGUAAUACAAUAAAGAAUUAUCAGUUAAGAAAUUGUUUACCUGACAAAUAUCAUGGGUCAUCCGCCUGUACACAACUGAAUUCACUUCCAGAGAUCAGGUCAAUGUGUGUCUGCCAUGUGUGGCCUAAAUGGUUUAAAGACAAUCAAUAUUCUUUGUUCCCACAUUACACAUGUUCUUUGUAUGUUACAUUUGCUUUGUAUUUUGUAGGUUACGAUAACAAUUUAUUUAUAUUGGUAUACACCAAUUUACAAUGAUCUGAGAAAUGCACAUUGCCAUCUACAUUAUGGUUUGAAUGUACAUGCUAAAACAUAUUGUAAAGUGUUACCUUAUUGUCUUUUCCAAUAAAUGUGUAAUGUUACA